AUGUUCAAAACGCAAUUGAAUGUCGGAAUAAUGGCACCAAAUAAAUUUCUCGACUACGAAGCAUCAUCUACUCAACUCGGGUCUUUACCGCUUUUAGCAGAAAAGAAUGAAUUGGAUUGGAGAGGAGAAGAAGAAGAAGAGAUUGAGUCGAGUGGAGUGAAGCAAAGCAGAAACGUGCAUCAGAAUGUUAUUACUUGUAAAGUUUUACCAAGGAAAGUUUUUGAAGAACAAAUAAAUCACAAGUCAAGAAAGAAAAAAAUGGAACAUUCUGCUGAGAUGCAAUUUGCUUUCUGUAAGAAGACGCACAACUCGACGUGA